AUGGAUAGUGUAACUAUCAAGGAUGAGACGAUUGCAUAUAAACAUUAUCCUAAUGAUAAUUCAAAGAUUGCGAUUUUAGCACAUCCAUAUGCAUAUUUAGGUGGAUCUGUAGAUGAUGCUUGUAUUGUUAUCAUGGCCGAAAGGCUUCAAGAAAAAGGCUACAGUGUUUACGUUUUAGAUUUUAGCAGCCUGCCUUCCUCCUGGUUUAGUGGUAAAAGAGAUGCAAGGUUGUUCUCUGUAUUUACGCACCAUAUAGUUGAAACUCAUUCACCAAGCCACGUCCUCAUCGGCGGUUACUCUUAUGGUGGAAGAAUUGCAAUGCAUCCUUCAAUCCGGCAAGGAUUGGAUUUCGAUUCUAUGAAUAUAAGUUUUAUAUUCUUAGCUCCCUAUCUUGGCCUAGGGAGUGGGCUUUUGACGGGUUAUUGGAAUGUAAAAGCAGAAGGAUUUCCUCAAAAAGCAUCUAUUCUUUAUAUUGUUCCGACGAAUGAUGAGUUUACCGGUUUAAAUACUUUUCAGUCGUUUUUUUCUAAAUUGAAAAAUCAAUGCUCAUUGUCAACGAUGGUUGAAUUGCAUGAAUGCUCCCAUUUCUUGAAUUUUAAAAAGCAAAAAGAACUUUCUAAAAUUCUUGAUGAAUGGAUAGAAUGA